AUGGAAGCUGUUGUGAGCAAACUAAUUGAUUCGAGAAGAAUGGUGUUCACCCAGAUGAAUUCGCUUAAGAUAUUGCAAGAACCAGUUAAAUUUGAUGUUUUUAUUUCUCAUGUAUUGAGAUUGAGAGAUGGCAGUCAGUCCGAACACAAGUACAACACAUUUAAAGAUUAUUCUCAAAAAAUAGCAUACUUGGAAUGUGAAUUAAAACAUAUUCAAAAUGCAAUUGAUUCCGUUCUCCGUCCCCAAAAGGUAGAAUUAAAUGGAGUUCAUUCAGAAGCUGGUCGGCUUGAGACGGUUUUGAUGCAUCGUUCUGGUAAAGAAAUCAAUCGCUUAACAUCAAAGAAUCUUGACGCGUUACUGUUUGAUGCUAAACCCAAUUUAGAUGAUACCCAUAGGUCUCAUGACAUGUUCGCUGAUUCUCUGAGAGAGCAUGGUGUGCAUAUCCUGUAUCUAACUGAUAUUAUUGGUGAAACUCUAGCAAGUAGUAAAUCAGCGGUUCAUGAACUCAUUAAUGGUAUUGUCGAAAACACAGACUCAUCACCACACAUUAAACACUGUUUACAGUUAUGGUUAGAAGCAAGGCAGCCUGCGCAAUUGGCACGUGAUGUUAUUGAAGGUGUUGCGUGUACGGCUGAUGAAUUGGAACAAUUAGAUAUCGCUAAUCUUUUACCAUUAGGUGAAUUUAUUGUACCACCAUUACCAAAUAUAAUGUUUACACGUGAUUCAUUUUCAAUCAUUGAAAAUAAAGUUGUAAUUCAUCAAAUGGCAUUUCCGGCAAGACAAAAUGAACCAUUGAUAAUGAGCAUCAUCUUCAAAUAUUAUCCAAAAUUUGUUGGGCACUUCGAACUGAUCGACUGGCAGCGAUAUAUUCCACAUUCUGCCAAAGCAACAAUGGAAGGUGGAGAUCUUGCCUAUGUUGGUGAUGGUACACUGAUUAUAGGUUGGAGUCAACGGACUAAUAAAUAUGCAAUAGAUGCCUUAGCGCAAGCCAUGUUCGACGCUGGUACAUUGAAACGUGUUAUUGCUGUCAAAAUUCCAGAGAGUCGAGAUUACAUGCAUCUGGAUACCGUAAUGAGUUCAGUUGGCCAUUCUGGAUUCACCUUGCAUACGUGCUUAAGUAAGCUGAUGAGUGUAUAUGAAGUGACACUCGAUACUAACGGCAGUCUACGAUGGGUUUCUAAAGGAUCAGUUGAGACACUUGACAGUGUAUUAGGACAUACAGUGACAUUUUAUGAUUCGAAAACGGAUGAAGCUUCCGUUGAAGACCAAAGAAGUUGUCGGCAUAAUGCAUUGGCUAUUGACGAAUGUCAUGUUAUUACCUAUGGCGAAGACGAUAAAGAAAAUAGUAUCGUAACACAAAUGAAACAAUCAUCGUUCAUAGUGUUUCCUAUACAUACAGCAGGGCUCUUGGAGGGAACUGGAGGAGCACAUUGUAUGACAAAUGCGCUUAGCAGACGUUCAAUAGAAUGA